AUGAGGGCGUGUUUCCUAUACUGCGUCCUCUGCCUUGUGGCUCCUAUUGGCUACAGUCAGCGUCCUGGGCCUCCCGGGAUUCCUGGGCCUCCCGGGAUUCCUGGGUAUCCUGGGCCUCGUGGGCUUACUGGGCCUAUUGGGCCUGUUGGGCCCCAAGGUUCCAAAGGAGAUCCUGGACCAUUUGGGCCAGCUGGAGCAAGAGGGUUUCCUGGUGCUCCAGAUAUCUUCGGCUCCAUUAACGAGGACCUUGAAACCUUAAAGAAGAUCACUGAUAAGUUAGAACUGGCUAUAAACUAUGAUUUUGUGCAGACAGUUGCUGAGAAAUACUUUGUGUCCUACAAGGAGAGAGACUCUUUCUCCAGGGCCGUUGAGUUCUGCUCCCAGCGAGGCUUGGAUCUGGCUCUGCCCCAGAACGAGGAGGAGAACGUCGCACUGACUCAGUUCUUUGGUGACACUUACAAAACAGCCUGGAUCAACGUCAACACUAAAAAAGCAGAGGGGAAUUUUGAGGUUGAUCUGAAAAACCGACCUCUGACCUUUACCAAAUGGGGAGAAGGGCAGCCAGACAGGCUGCAGGAUACAGGCUGCACUGUGCUGUCAGAAAACGGUGCCUGGCAACAGCAAAGAAGCAGCACGUCCAGCUCACUCCUCGUUUAUACUUUGUGCAUUCAGAAGAUGAGGUCGUUUCUCUUUCUCUGCAUCCUCUGUCUGAUGGCUCCUAGUGGCUACAAUCAGCAUUAUGAUCCUCCUGGUGCCACAGGGUUGAUACCAAGUUCACCAGGGCCACCAGGGCCACCAGGGCCUACAGGGCCAUCAGGGCCACCAGGGCGACCAGGGCCAUUUGGGCCACGUGGGCCACCAGGGACACCUGGAGUAAGAGGACCAAUUGGACCAACUGGACCAUCAGGAGAUCGUGGGGAAACAGGGAGACCAGGAAUGCGUGGAAUGAAAGGACCACCUGGACCACCUGGACCAAAAGGAUCAACUGGGCCUGUUGUGAUAUGUGGAGAUCCCUUUAGUUCUAUUCACCAGGAAGCUGAAACCCUAAAGAAGAGACAUGCUAAAUUAAAUCUGGCUAUAAACUAUGGAUUUGUCCGAAGAGUUGGUCGGAAAUACUUUGUGUCUAACAAGGAGAGAGACUCUUUCUCCAGGGCCGACGAGUUCUGCUCCCAGCGAGGCUUGGAUCUGGCUCUGCCCCAGAACGAGGAGGAGAACAACAUACUGACUCAAGUGUUUGGGGACGCUUACAAAACAGCCUGGAUCAACGUCAACACUAAAAAAGCAGAGGGGAAUUUUGAGGUUGAUCUGAAAAACCGACCUCUGACCUUUACCAAAUGGGGAGAAGGGCAGCCAGACAGGCUGCAGGAUACAGGCUGCACUGUGCUGUCAGAAAACGGUGCCUGGCAAGUGACACAUGAUUGCUCCCUGAACGCUUACAUCAUUUGUGUUCAGAUACUGAGGUUCUGCACUGAGAAGAUGAAGCUGCUUCUCUUGUUCGGCAUCACCUGCCUGAUGUCUCCUUUUGGCUACAGUCAAAUAAUGGAAGGUCUCGUUGGUCCCCCUGGUCCCCGUGGUCCCCCUGGUCCCCCUGGUCCCCCUGGUAUGCCUGGUAUCUCUGGUCCCAGAGGUGACGUAGGAUUCCCUGGGAGCGUUGGUGCACCUGGAUUUUCAGGUAUGAAAGGAGAACCUGGAAGACCGGGAGAACCUGGAAGACCUGGAGGAUCUGGAGAACCUGGAAGACCUGGAGAACCUGGAAGACCUGGAGGAUCUGGAGAACCUGGAAGACCUGGAGAACCUGGAAGACCUGGAGGAUCUGGAGAACCUGGAAGACCUGGAGAACCUGGAAGACCUGGAGUACCCGGAAGACCUGGAGAAGCUGGACCUCGUGCAAACUGCAGACUAGAUCCCCCUGAGUCCAGUUGCCCGGACCUCAACACACUAAAGAGCAACUUUGCUAAGUUAGAGCUGGCUAUAAACUAUGAUUUUGUGCGGAAAGUUGGUCAGAAAUACUUUGUGUCCUACAAGGAGAGAGACUCUUUCUCCAGGGCCGUCGAGUUCUGCUCCCAACAAGGCUUAGAUCUGGCUCUGCCCCAGAACGAGGAGGAGAACGUCGCACUGACUCAGUUCUUUGGUGACGUUUACAAAGCAGCCUGGAUCAGCGUCAACAAUCAAAAAGCAGAGGGGAAUUUUCAGGUUGAUCUGAAAAAUGGACCUCUGACCUUUACCAAAUGGGGAGAAGGGCAGCCAGACAAAUCCAUCCAGGACACAGGCUGCACCAUGCUGUCAGAAAACGGCAUCUGGCGAGUGACAAACGAAUGCUUCCUGAAUGCUUUCAUCGUUUGUCAGAUCUAGAAAGGUCUAGUAUCCAAUGAAAGUCUCAACUACAGUUUACAUGUGCUAUUGCAUAACUUACCUGUGGAUGAGUAGGGCAGGAAUGUUAUAGAGAAAGGAAAAGACACCUUCUUUCAUGCUACUGUCCAGUGAAUUAAAACAUAUUGACAUAACCUUAUCCACAUUUUCACAAUAACAUGGAAACUGCUCUAUGGGUCGGGCUUAGGCAUUAUUGCCCUUAGAUAUAUUUGCUCUUACAUGUAAUCGUUUGUUUCUUACCGCUAUCCUUAAAUCUCUCCUGAAAUAAGUAUAAUUGCAUCAGCAUCAUGACAUUAUGUAGAGCCUGUAAUCACUUUUGUUUUGAAAGCAUAUGACACAAUAAAGCAUACAGCAGUGA